AACCAGAGAGAGAUAUGGUGGUUCAGAGUUCAGACCAAGCAAGCGAUCUCAGAGGCUAAAAAGCUGGAAACAAGAAUCACUAUUUGGAGCGAGCCAUUGGUACUCCAUGCUCCUCGUUCCACCACACAUAUUCCAAUCGUCAUUCCUUUUCUCUAAUCUCCCUUCAACAUUUUCAGCCCUUUCUCUAUCCCCCAUUUUGCUGGAGCUACAAUUUCUCAUACUGUGAAUGCCAUGCUUUCAUGUUUUUGGUGAUUAGCCUCUCAGAAUAACAGCUAUCUGUUACCGCCGACUUACGGAUUCGUCAUGAAUGCUACUAUUGGGAAUCAGCUAAUCUCUGUGACCCCCGAUGAACUCAGGUUCAAUUUUGAGCUGGAGAAGCAAGCAUUUUGCGACCUUAAAGUUUUAAACAACACAGAGCACAACGUUGCCUUUAAGGUCAAAACGACUUCUCCUAAGAAGUACUUCGUACGACCAAAUACUGCUGUUAUACAGCCCUGGGACUUGUGUAUCAUCAGAGUCACCCUUCAACCCCAACAAGAAUAUCCUCCAGAUAUGCAAUGCAAAGACAAGUUUCUCUUACAGAGUACAAUUGUGGGUGCAAUUACUGAUGUUGAUGAGCUUCCACCAGAAACUUUUAAUAAGGAUAGUGGAAACUCAAUAGAGGAGUGCAAACUAAGAGUCGUAUAUGUCCCUAAUGCCUCUGCCUCAGAAGAUGAGGCCUCGAAGGGCACAACACCAAAAAUUGAUACCAAUUCUAUUUUACAGCAAUUGAAGGAAGAAAGAGAUGCUGCUGCCAAGCAAACAGUUCAGCUGAAACAAGAAUUGGACAUGCUGAAAAGGCGAAGAAAAAGAAACGAUCCCGGCUUUUCCUUCACCUUCGCCAUUGUUGUGGGUCUCAUUGGACUUAUACUAGGCUGGUUUUUUAAGCUUAGCUUUGGAAGGUCUUCACCAUCUACUGAGUUUAUACCACCUGCUGGGUUUUCGCCAUCUACUGAAUGAUUUCAUACAAUUCAGAAUCUUUAUUUGUUCCGCUGUUGUUCACACUGUAAAUCUAUUUCUGAAUGGAUAUUUUAUUAAGCUAUUUUUUUU